AUGAAUGAUUCGCCGUCUUCACGGUUCCUCUCGCCUGAUUCAGCUGUAGGUAUCCAUCACACCCGUGCGAGAUCAUUUAAAAGUCGUUCCCGGACUCGCGACAUUGAAGAUUCGGACUACUGUGAACGUCCGCGAAGGAACAGCAUGCCUUCCCGAGCGCGACAUCAAAUCCUUUCGUCGUCCUUCAAUGACUUAUUUGACAAUACAGAGAAUGAACAACCUCAAAGUUUGAGGAGGGUCAGGUCCUUUAAAACUACCUCCAGAGGAGUAGUUAAUCGUGGUGAUAGUUAUAAAAAGAAAUCUUCCAAGGAUGUUUUAGCUUCGGGAGUUACUAUACGUGAUGAAAACCCGGAACUCCAAAAUCUUGACAACCAUAGUAACAGAUCGACCCCAAAGAUAUCCACGUCGACUUGUAGUGAUGAUAUCCCAAAGUAUUACCAGGUGGUUGUCUUGGGGUCAGAUGGGGUCGGGAAGACGGCCCUUACUGACCAGUUUAUGACGUCAGAGUAUAUAGGGCCCACCGACACCGGAAGUAUUGAUCUUGAAGAAGACAAGAUGAUAACGGUAUUGCUGGAUGGUGAGGAAUCAACACUUGUAUUCUGUGAUCGUCCGGAGGAGGUCGACCUUGAUGAAACGCAAGUCGAUGCGUUUUUGGUUGUAUACUCAACCAAUGACAGACGAACAUUUGAGGCAGCCAGUGACCUGCUGUACCAGCUCCGGCACGAGGUAGCCACGGACCGAGCAAUUAUCCUCGUGGCAAACAAAAUAGAUUUGGCGCGAAAACGUCAAGUCAGUGCCGAUGAGGCUCGGUCUAUUGCCGUCAAAUUAGACUGUAAGUAUGCCGAGACAUCAGCGGCCUUAAACCACCAUGUGGACGAGCUUCUAGUCGGCAUAUUAAAACAAAUUAGACUCAAACUUUCACACGAUUCAUUAGGAGAAGAGGAAACCAAAAAAGGCAAAGAAAGGAAAGGUUCCUUCAAAGCUGCUAAAGGUUUACUCCACAAACUGUUUAGAAAGAGCAGUAGGAAGGAACGGUCAUGUGACAACCUCCAUCAAUUAUAG